GUCACCGGAAGUGCUGGCGUCGCCAUGGCGACAGCCCCGCCUCGGGCAGCGGCGGCGGCGGCGAGCAGGGCCCGAGGCCGCGGCGGGGACAGCGAGGGGACAAGGAGGUGACAAGGAGGCGACAAGGAGGUGACAAAGAGGGGACAGCGAGGCGACAGCAGCCGAAUUCAUCCCACGGAAUCUUCACAACAUUCCCACUGGAAGCUCUUCCAGAAGGCGGGAAAACGGGAGAAUCGAGCGGGAAAACGGAAAUUCCGACGCCGGGAAUUCUCCUCGGAAAAAAGCAGGAGAUGCUUCCCAAGCUCCAACCACCCCCAAAUUUUGGGAAAACCCUCAGGAUAGGGUGAUGCUGCAGCUCCCACCCCUCAUUCCCGAAUUUUUCCGUGGGGAUUCCGGAAGAUGGCGGAGCACCAGGAGCUGCUGGCGGAGAUGCCGGCGGUUUGCCGGCUCAGCACGCCGGAGCGGCUCCGGCACGCCCAGAAACGCCGGGCCCAGCAGCUGAAGAAAUGGGCACAGGCAGAGAAGGAAAUCCCGGGAAUUCCCAAGGCAGGAGGAGGAGGAGGAGAGAGGAAGAGGAGGAGGAGGAAGAGCGGCGGCCACGGGAAGCGAGUGACGUUCCCAGCCAGUGUCCGGCUGCUGGAAGCGGCCGCCCGGCACGACGCCGAGGAAGUCCGGCAGUUCCUGGAGAGCGGGAUCAGCCCCGACCUGUGCAACGAGGACGGGCUGACGGCGCUGCACCAGUGCUGCAUCGAUGACUCGCUGCCGCUGGUGCGGCUGCUGCUGGACGGCGGCGCCGACGCCAACGCGCGGGACGCGGAGCUCUGGACGCCGCUGCACGCCGCCGCCACCUGCGGCCACCUGGCGCUGGUGCAGCUGCUCAUCCAGCGCGGCGCCGACCUGCUGGCGCUGAACUCUGACGGGAACAUGCCGUACGACCUGUGCGAGGACGAGGCCACGCUGGACUGCCUGGAGAGCGCCAUGGCCGGCCAGGGGAUCACCCAGGAUCAGAUCGAGGCGGCGCGCGCGGCCCCGGAGCGCUGCAUGAUCCAGGAAAUUCGGGAUCGGAUCCGGGAUGGAACCGACCUGGACCUGCCCGGGGCACACGGGGCCACCCUGCUGCACGUGGCCGCUGCUCACGGGUUCCAGGCUGCGGCCGAGCUGCUGCUGCAGCACCGAGCGCGAACCGACUGCCGGGACCGCGACGGGUGGGAGCCGCUGCACGCGGCCGCCUGCUGGGGACAGGUGCCGCUGGCAGAGCUGCUGGUGGCGCACGGCGCCGACCUGAGCGCCAAAUCCCGGCUGGACGAGACCCCGCUGGACGUGUGUGGCGAUGAGGAGGUGCGGGCCAAGCUGCUGGAGCUGAAGCACAAGCGCGCGGCCGUGCUGAAAUCGCAGGAGAAGCAGAAAUCGCUGCUGCAGAGGAGAACGUCCAGCGCCGGCAGCCGCGGGAAGGUGGUGCGCAGGGCCAGCCUGUCGGAGCGCUCCAGCCUGUACCGGCGGCAGCAGCAGCGCGAGGCGCUCGUGUGGCAGCGAGGGGGACACGGGGACAGCGAGGACGAGGGGACACCGGAGAGCACCGGGGUCCCCUCCCCGCUGCCACCCCCGGACGCCCCCUCGCUGUCCCCUCACCCCAACGGCUCCGCCACCUCCCCGGUGUCCCCAGCGGUGUCCCCAACGUCCCCAGCGUCCCCUCACGGUGACAAAAGCCACCCCCACACCUUGGCCGACCUCAAACGGCUCCGGGCGGCCGCCAAAUCCCAGAACAGCGACCCCAAAAACCCCCAAAAAAACCCCAAAACCCGCCCUGGGGACAGUGGGGACACCCUUGGGGACACUGGGGACACCCUUGGGGACACCCUUGGGGACACGGGGGACCCGCCCCUGCUCCGCCUCACGGCGCCGCUUGACGACGCCCCCCCCGAAAAGCAGCGCUGCUGUCGCCUCAUGUGACCCCAAAUUUUUUGGGAUCGCCUCCAGUUUUUUGGGGUCACCUCAAAUGUUUUGGGGUCACCCCAAAUUUUUUGUCACCCCCUCCUCCUCUCAGAAUUUGUCACUUUUUGUCCCUUUUGUCCUUCCCUCCCCCCAAAAAAAAAAAAACGGGGUUGGAUUUUUGCAGCAGG